CUGAUGGGAGCUGAGUGGCAGACUUCAAUUCGAAUGUCAGCUGCCAAGUUCGCCUACUGUCGCUUCUGCUUAGCGUCCCGUUGUCUCGGAAUGCAUCCCAACUCACCCGAAAGAGCCAAUUACGCGUUCCAGCAGGGUUUUCGUUCCACGUGGUGAUAGGCAAUUGAAGUCUUGUGAGGCUCCGCGUCCGGUCUGGAGUGUGCAAGUGGCGGCCACCGGAGACAGCCCUCAGCCAACGUACUUAAUUUGGCAGACUGCUUUACUUUGUGAACUUUUACAAGACUUCUUUUCAGUACCGCCAGAAGCAUGUCUACCUCUCUUCGCGGCUCUUGCCUAUGCGGCGGCAUUCAGAUGCAGACUUCGUCGGGUCCUCUGACUGUCUUCUCCUGUUUUUGUAAUCAUUGCAGCCAAGGCGCAGGUGGGUCGCACCAGACAAUUGCAAAGUUUGAGACUCAAUCUGUCCAUGUAGUCUCAGGGAGCGAGCUCAUCGCCAACUUCACGUUAGCCGACACCUCAAGUGGCUCUCCAAAAGAAAAGUCAUUCUGUCGCACUUGUGGGACCCCGCUGUGGACAACCCCCGCAUCCGCUAAGGGGCGAUACGUUCUCAUCCGGACGAGUUUGUUGGAGAGCGGCACCGAGCUGCGACCUGAAUCGGAGAUUUUUGUCAAGUUUCGGCCGCCUUGGCAGCAUGCGGUUGACGGAGCUGUGCAAUGGGAGCAGAUGAGAAAAUAAGCAGAGAAUGAGAGUUGUCGAGUUGCUGGACAAAGAGGCUGGGGUAAGAUGGGGGGCCAUGACUCGGAACUUGUCCGUUUGAACAAAUCAUAAUUCGAUCCGCUUUCCGCUUCCCGUCGGUGCCACCUUCCGGC